AUGGUAGAUUUAAAACAAUUUAUACGUCAUUGUAAAAGACGUGAUGACAAAGAAACAGAUACUGCCAAAACAACUGCUUAUCAAAAUGAAAUGAAAAAAUAUCAACAACUUGCAGAUUCGUACACAACAGUAAUAACAGAAUCUCAAAAUAAAAUAGAGCAAUUAAAAGAACAAAAAAAAAGACUAUUUGAACAGAAAGAUGAAUUAAGAAAACAAUUAAGUCAAUUGAAUAUUGAAAGAAAUAAUCUUGAAAAGAUGAAAAAAGAAAUUGAUAAAAGUGAAGAAGAUUUAAACAAAAUGAUCCAAUCUCAACAAGCAGCUGCAGCAGCAAUUGGGACAAUGGGACGUUAG